GCAGCGGAUGCCGGAGUUUUCACUCAAUGGUCAAUGCUGCCUCCUGCUUAUGUGUCCUUUAUAACGCAGCCCUUCCGGUCUCCCUCCAUCUCUCCUAGUCCACCACCACCACCUCCACGGCUCCACCUCCACCUCCACCUCCACCUCCACCACCGCCACCAUCACCAUGGCCUGUACAAUCUCUCGCAGACUAGCUUUCUCCAAACAACUUCUCAGGACCCCUCUCUUCUCAACUUAUUCCUGCUUGUCCCCUCCAAAAACUCACCACUUAAACUCCUACUCAUCAGCCUUCCCCCAAAACCCCAGUCAGGCCAUUUUCCCACAAUUCCCAAAUCAAAAUUUGGCAAACCCUUGUCUCAAACCGUCUAAUCCCACCUCAUUGGAGUCACGAUUUCCACUCCAUUACAAUCCAACCAGUCUUAUCAAAACCCCAACAAGAUUAACCCCUGCUUUUCAGAUGCAAAAUCAACCAUUUUUUAGCAAUAUAUUGAUCAAAUCUGAACUAACCCCACAAGAAAAUCCCAGAUUUUUUUCAACUUCCAAUGCUUCAUCAUCAUCAUCAUCAGAUCAAGAAAAGGCUGGAAAGCCAGAAAGCCAAAGCGAAUACCCGAGCCAGAAUCCUGCUUUCAAGCACCAAGAAAUUGACGGACCCACUGUCGAACGUGAUGUUUCGGCACUGGCCAAUGAGACUCGCGAAGUCCUUGAAACGAUGAUGAAGACUGUGUAUAGUUUAAGCAAAGCGUUGGCUGGCCUAGGCCUGAUUAAUCUUGGUUUAGGAGCUUGGAUUUCGUAUGUUACUACGGCUUCCCCUGUUGUUGAAGUGUCAGUGCAGAGUAUUUUGGCAUUCGGGCUUCCAUUUUCAUUGGCAUUUAUGCUGAGGAGAGCUUUGAAGCCUAUGUAUUUCUUUAAGAAAAUGGAGGAACAAGGUAGACUGCAGAUUCUGACCCUUACUCUUCAGGUUGCUAAGCAAUUGAACUUGCUUUUUAUUCGGGUUCGGGGUGUUUCCUAUCUGUGUAUUGCUGGUGCAUCCGUCGGGUUGGUUUAUGUUGCGCUUGCUAGAUGAAAUGUGUAUGAAAAAAUUCAGAAAUCUCGAAUGUAUUACAAAUGACGGGUUUUUUUCAAUAUGGAUCGCCAAAUUUUGUAACUUUGAAUGCUUUCAGUUGUAGAAAUGAUGACUAAAUUUAUUCAUAUGGCCAGUUCGACUGCAAGUUUGUCA